AUGAGGAUAUUCGUCUUUCGCCCAGUAUCAAUAAAGCUGUAACUCUUGUCCAAGUUUUUCAGACUUGCUGUCGGGAGCUGGAAGAAGCACACAUGGCAACUCGUAUCAGACCAAGCAGCAAGCGAUGUACUGUCAUUGGAGGAUCUGGAUUUUUAGGCAGGCAUCUUGUGGAGCGCUUAGUACACCGAGGAUACACUGUGAAUGUGUUUGAUAUCAGACAAGCCUAUGAACUUCCAGGAGUGACGUUUUACCAAGGGGACCUCUGUGACAAACAGGCAUUGGUGAUGGCUUUGAAAGAAGUCUCUAUAGUGUUUCAUUGUGCCUCACCUGCACCAGGAAGCGAUGAUGGCGCUCUCUUUCAGAGGGUCAAUAUUGAUGGGACACGGACUGUCAUACAGGCUUGCCAUGAGGCAGGAGUACAGAAAUUAAUAUUGACCAGCAGUGCUAGUGUGGUGUUUGAAGGAACUGACAUCAAGAAUGGAAAAGAAGAUUUGCCUUAUGCAAAAAAGCCAAUUGAUUACUAUACAGAAACGAAAAUCAAACAGGAGAAGUUGGUGCUAGAGGCAUGCAGUAAAGAGAAGGGUUUCCUUACUGUCGCUAUUCGUCCUCAUGGCAUUUUUGGCCCUCGUGACCCUCAGUUAGUGCCCAUUCUGGUAGAUACAGCCCGCAGAGGAAAGAUGAAGUUCAUCAUCGGAGAUGGAUCUAAUCUUGUGGACUUCACUUACGUGGAGAAUGUAGUUCAUGGACAUAUUUUAGCAGCAGAACACCUUAAGGCUGAUUCUCCACUCUGUGGUCAGGCUUACCACAUAACCAAUGACGAGCCGGUGCGAUUCUGGGAUUUCAUGUCUCAGAUUCUGGUUGGCCUGGGCUACAGCGCUCCACGAUACCACCUGCCCUAUGCGCUGGUCUAUGGGAUAGCUCUGCUGCUGUGGUUUAUUUCCCUCAUACUGCGACCGCUGAUUCAGUUCAAACCCACCUUCAGCCCCAUGCGAGUAGCUCUUGCUGGCACUCAUCAUUACUACAGCUGCGCUCGUGCCAAGCAGGACAUGGGUUACCGGCCCCUGGUGCCUUUACAGGAAGCAGUAGUGCGCACUGUGGAGAGCUACCCACAUCUGCGGAACGGAGAAUGACUUCACAGUGAAGCUUGACUGACAUUGCUUCUUCUGAACUGCAAGACGAGCCUAGGAAGGAUCUGUUGGAUCAACAGGGUUUACUAGGCUAUACUAACAAAGCACUUAAUGAUUCCUAUUGUAAAUGUACUGUUUCAACAGGAUGUGUACAUGAACAAUGAUGUUUAAUACAGAAGAGUAAUGUCUUUUCUGACUUUGGUCCAGAAGAAUUCAUGUACUUUAUGUAACAGUUAUUAUGUAUUCACUUUUUUGGAAACUUGGCAGUAUAAAUUUUGAAUCAAGCAAA